ACCACCACCCCACCACGCACCGUAUUCCGCCAUGCCUCUGAACUACUCAAAGUGGGAUAAACUCGAGCUCUCAGACGACUCGGACAUCGAAACGCAUCCCAAUGUCGACAAGAAGUCGCUCGUCCGAUGGAAGCAGCGCGACAUCCACGAGAAGCGCGAGAUGCGGAAGCUGCACAUCGCGCAGCUGAAGGCCGACAUCGCGUGCAACGAGGUCCUCCGGCCGCGCCUCGUGCAGAUCGCCGCGGACGUCGAGGCGCAGGGCCCGCCGCACUUCUCGCAGCUCGUCGAGCGCUUCAAGACGAACCCGUCCCCGGACAAGCCGCCCAGCAACGCGCCCGAGCAGAAGUCGUACGACGAGAUGCUGCUGUCGCUCAUGCUGCAGGUGUGGGAGGAGGCGAAGAAGAAGGGCGUGGAGAAGGACAGCCCGAAGCUGGCGGAGGCGCUCGUCGCGGGGCUGAAGGCGCAUCUGGUGAGGAUGGACGAGCACCAGGCGAAGAUGCGGAAGGAGCUGGCGGACGAGGAGGAGGAGCAACACAAGAAGAUCACCAUGGAGGACCUCCAUGAGGGCUUCGAGUCACACUACGUGCCACCCAAACCCGCGCCACCUCCAGUCAAGGGCGCAAUUGGCUCCGACAAGCCUAAGAAGACCGUGACGGAGAUCGAGGUCCUCAACCCUAAAGGUGUCGAUGCCGCCCCCUUCAGCGAAGCUUCCACAUCGAAAGCACCUGCCGCAGACGAUGAAGACGACGACGGGCUGCCUGAGCUCACCCCAGCGUUGGAGGGAUUCUCGCACCUCCCCAUCCGCGGUUACGAGGAGUCAUGGGAGUACAUCAAGGCGCAUCGCGAUGUCUACGUCCCGGGCGCGUCUGACGCGCUCCUGGUCGCCGCAUUCCGCGCACAAAGUGCCGGCAAGGCGAAGUGGGCCCAGCAGUGUGUACACCAAAGCUUGCUGUUGCAGUACUCCGAGAAGCUGGGCAAGGACGGCCCGUCCAUGCUGUUCCGCAAGUUAAUUGCGCGAGACCCGCGCGCGACAGGCGUUUUCGAGAAGGACGUUGCGGACACGUACGCGCACCUCGUCGAGCGCGUCCGGAUAUCGAAGGCGGAGGAGGCCGCAGCCGGCACCGAGCAGAUUCAGCUCAUGCCCGAGAACCCAGAGCAGACGAUUAACUUCAACGUGCCAGACGGCCCGCCCCCCGAGAAGCUCCAGCUUGACGGCCCCGGCUUCGAGGGCGUGGACAUCGAGGACGUGCGCAAGGCGCUGCAGCUGCGGUGGGACGUGUUCAAGAGCUUCUCCGAGCCGAUGCAGAAGGCGCUGGAGGACCACAACCUGGACGCCGUGAACAAGGCGCUUGCGGCGAUGAACAUCACCGAGGCGGAGCAGGUCGUGAAGCUGCUCGAGGUCGCGGGCAUCCUGAGCUUCGCGGACGGAGACAUUCGGGAUGAGACUGGUAGGAAGCCGGAUGCGGGUGACGAGGGUGAUGAGGAGGACGAAGGCGAGGAAGAGGCAGCUGAGGGCGAGGAAGCCGCGCCCCACCAGGAUGUCGACUGAGAGGCACGUUUGGAUCUGUUCGUUGGGUGACGCUGGAAGAAGAAUCUACUGCUGUGUAUCAUGCUCUGUGUAUUACUUCUGUUUCAUGCAUCGUGUACGCUUGAGUCC